AGUUAUCAGUACGUGUGCAGCAGUUUUCCGGUGUUCAUCUUGUGACGUCGCUCGGCCACAGUCGCCAUUUCGUUUUCCGAGACUCGACACUCAGGCAGCAUAUAACAGUGACAAAAAGGUUCUACAAUGGUGAAAAUAUUCAUCGGAAACCUGUCCCCCGAUACCACAUCGGAUGAACUCCGCUCUCUCUUCUCCCAGUAUGGCAAAAUUUCAGAAUGCUCCAUUGUCAAAAAUUUUGGCUUUGUGCACAUGGAUAAUAAGGCCGAGGCAGAGGAGGCCAUAYGCAACCUUCAUCAGUAUGAGCUAAACGGCCAGCCGCUGAACGUAGAAUUGAGCCGUGGCAAGUCGAGAGGAUCCACCAAGCUACACGUUGGUAACAUCGCGUGCACCAAUCAGGAGCUGAGGGCCAAGUUUGAAGAGUUCGGCACAGUGCUGGAGUGUGACAUUGUAAAAAACUAUGCUUUUGUUCACAUGGAGCGAAUGGAGGAUGCCAUGGAGGCUAUUAAUAAGAUGGAUAACACAGCUUUUAAAGGAAAACUGAUGAGCGUGAAGCUUUCUACUAGCCGCCUGCGUACUGCGCCGGGAAUGGGAGACAGAUCGGGGUGUUACCGUUGCGGGCAGGAAGGUCACUGGUCCAAAGAGUGCCCCUUAGACCAAAACGGCUACCACAGAAACGGCUCGGAGCCAAACUCUGAUGGAUACGAUCCCUCGAGAUUUGGCGGGCGCGGUCGCAGCCGGGGUUACCCAGACUUCAGCGGUGCUCCGGAAUAUGACGGCAGCUACGGUCAUGGGUUUGGUCAAAGCAGCAGCAUGCCGGGUUACAGAGGAGGUACGGGCUACGAGAGCGCAAUGAGAUACGGGCCACACCCAGGUUACGGCGUGAGUUCUGUCGCCGAUCAUAGCAUGGCUCGGAUGUACGGCAGCGAGGCGGCGUACCGGGGCAGCAGCUCACUCUAUGGUGCGGUACCAGACUUCUCGGUGCGACGGUCGCCUUACGAGGAACGGGAUCCGUACGGGGUCGUGGACUACUAUGAGAAGUACAGGGCGAAUUAUGGAAGCAGUUAUUUCGAGGAACGCCGUGGUGCUCCCUUGCCCGGUCCAGCAACGACCACCUCCACAACUCUGAGGGAGCGCCUGCCCCCCUCGAGCGUCGACCCGUACCAGUGUCCUCCCCUCCCUCCUCCUGUGGCCCCGGUCCCAUCAUACUACGCACGUGAGCGGAGUCCGAUACGGAGAGUCGCCGGCGAGGCGGCUGGAUUUGCAUAUGAGCGUUCGCGGCUUUCCCCAGCGACCGCAACCCCAAGAAGUGCUACCUAUGACCAUUCGCGGGAUGCCGCCGCUGAGCGGGCACGGUAUCCUUACUAAAGCUUUGUUCUAGCUAAGUGUUAGUUUACUAACCUCAGCAGGUAGGAUAGCCCAAGUGCCGCUGGAAUUGCUAAAACUCCAAUAAAGUUGUAUCGUUUUGUCUGUUCUCUCUGCAUGAAACUGUGUGGGUGGGCAGCUCAAUGAUUGAAGUAGGGUUUUUUAUUUCUCUUAUUUACAUUAACCAGUAAGUAGAUUUCAGUAGUAUGGGGUAUGUGAAAUAUAAGGAUCCCCUUCCAGGUUAUGUUUCUGUGCAGUACAGUUAUUAGCUUCCUUUCAUUUUUCUGUUUGUCUGUUAUUUGUGCAGUUUUCAGGUAAUCCAGCCUGUGUACAGUAUGUGAUGGUUUUAUCUGUAAAAUGAUUCAUAAUGUAGUAAGGAUGAACAUUUUGCCUUUUAGAGAAAAGCUGCAUGCUCUUGAACUGGUGCAUGAUGAUGUUUGUGUAAAGGUGAGUCUACAGUGAUUAAAUCUGAAUUUUGUUGAGGGGUGGUUGGUGUUCCUGUAGUGUUUCUGUCAGUUACGUUUUGAAGCAGAAGGGAAGUGAAAGCUGGUGUCUCACUGGGCUGUGAGGAGUUGACCAACAGGAAGUCUCUAGGAUGACUCAAGGUUUAAACCCACACCACUGAUGAAUAUUUUAAACUCCAUCCUGUUCUUCAUUUCCUCAUUCCUGAAGUCCAGCAGGUUAAAUGUGAACUGUAGGAUGGACACAAAGCAGGCUCAGGUGUUUUCUCUCAUUUUUCUCUUCAUGUCUGACAGUGGCAGCCCAGUGAGAUGCUACCUGAAUGCUUCAGCACGUGGAUCUGUGUAGAUAACUGAAAUGGUUGCAGCUUUUUCUCGUUUAAUUCCAUUUAAAACCGUCGUUCUUUUUGUUCUUGUAAUGAGGUUCCAGAUUCUGCCAGUUAACUUGAUCUCACAGCAACAAAACAAACAAAACAUUUUUAUAAAAAGAUUUGCUGCACAAUGUUUUAUAUUUUGUGUGUGUGAUAGUGGGUGCACAGAUACUUUAGUUGUCAGCAUCACUUCAGUGCAGGAAAUGGUUCAAACACUGAGGACAGGACUGGAUCGAGUCACGUUCACCUGAUGAUCCAGCUCAGCACUUUGCUUUUUCAAUUAUAUUCCACUUUUAGUUCUCAUUGCUUUUUCCUUCAUUAUAAAGUUUUAUGUUUGGGGUUAGCCAAGAAAAAGCAGAUGAGUAAUGUUAAAUGAAUAGUUAGUGAUCACCAGGUUUUUAUUUUUUGCUAGUGUACACUAACAAUUUGAAAAAGUCUUUCUGAAGCACUUGAUGCAGAGUUCUGGGUCUGACAUUCAGCUAAACGUUAUAGACCUGUCAACAUAAAUGACUUGUAAAAUUGUGAUGGUAAAACUAACCCUGUCUUCAUAUACUCAAAUUAUUUUUAGUUGAACUGAGCUGUUGUCACCAUGAGCUGAUCGGUUGACUCGUCUGUUUUUUUUUCUUUUAAUAAAGUAUUUUGAGUUUAAAA